AUGCUACUACUGAUGGGCCUAGGUCCAAUUAUACUACUGAUGGGCCUAGGGCCAACUAUACUACUGAUGGGCCUAGGGCCAACUAUACUACUGAUGGGCCUAGGUCCAACUAUACUACUGAUGGGCCUAGGGCCAACUAUACUACUGAUGGGCCUAGGUCCAACUAUACUACUGAUGUGCCUAGGGACAACUAUACUACUGAUGGGCCUAGGGCAAACUAUACUAAUGAUGGGCCUAGGGCCAACUAUAUUACUGAUGGGCCUAGGUCCAAUUAUACUACUGAUGGGCCUAGGGCCAACUAUACUAAUGAUGGGCCUAGGGCCAACUAUACCACUGAUGGGCCUAGGUCCAACUAUACUACUGAUGGGCCUAGGGCCAACUAUACUACUGAUGGGCCUAGGUCCAACUACAUUACUGAUGGGCCUAGGUCCAACUAUACUACUGAUGGGCCUAGGUCCAACUAUAUUACUGAUGGCCCUAGGUCCAACUACUGAUGGGCCUAGGUCCAACUAUACUACUGAUGGGCCUAGGGCCAACUAUACUUACUGAUGGGCCUAGGCCAACUAUACUACUGAUGGGCCUAGGUCCAACUAUACUACUGAUGGGCUAGGUCCAACUACAUACUGAUGGGCCUAGGUCAAACUUAUACUACUGAUGGGCCUAGGGCCAACUAUACUACUGAUGGGCCUAGGUCCAACUAUACUACUGAUGCGGCCUAGGGCCAACUAUACUACUGAUGGGCCUAGGUCCAAUUAUACUACUGAUGGGCCUAGGGCCAAACCUAUUGAACUUACUGAUGGGCUAGGGCCAACUAUACUACUGAUGGGCUAGGGCCAACUAUACUAAUGAUGGGCCUAGGCCAACUAUACACUGAUGGGCCUAGGCCAACUAUACUACUGAUGGGCCUAGGCGAACUAUAUACUGAUGGGCCUAGGUCCAACUAUAUUACUGAUGGGCCUAGGGCCAACUAUUACUACUGAUGGGCCUAGGUCCAACUAUACUACUGAUGGCCUAGGGCCAACUAUACUACGAUGGGCCUAGGGCCAACUAUACUACUGAUGGGCCUAGGUCCAACUAUACUACUGAUGUGCCUAGGGCCAACUAUACUACUGAUGGGCCUAGGGCAAACUAUACUACUGAUGGGCCUAGGUCCAACUAUACUACUGAUGGGCCUAGGGCCAACUAUACUACUGAUGGGCUUAGGUCCAACUAUACUACUGAUGGGCCUAGGGCCAACUAUACUACUGAUGGGCCUAGGGCCAACUAUAUUACUGAUGGGCCUAGGUCCAAUUAUACUACUGAUGGGCCUAGGGCCAACUAUACUACUGAUGGGCCUAGGGCCAACUAUACUACUGAUGGGCCUAGGUCCAACUAUACUACUGAUGGGCCUAGGUCCAACUAUAUUACUGAUGGGCCUAGGGCCAACUAUAUUACUGAUGGGCCUAGGGCCAACUAUACUACUGAUGGGCCUAAGGCCAACUAUAUUACUGAUGGGCCUAGGUCCAACAAUACUACUGAUGGGCCUAGGUCCAACUAUACUACUGAUGGGCCUAGGUCCAACUAUAUUACUGAUGGGCCUAGGUCCAACUAUACUACUGAUGGGCCUAGGGCCAACUAUACUACUGAUGGGCCUAGGUCCAACUAUACUACUGAUGGCCUAG